AUGCGGCGAACAGACCAAUCUAAAAUCCCUAGUUGCAUCACCACCAAGGAGCUCGGAACCGUGAUGCGGUCCCUCGGGCAGAACCCCACGGAGGCGGAGCUGCAGGACAUGAUCAACGAGGUCGACGCGGACGGCAACGGCACCAUCGACUUCCCGGAGUUCCUGAACCUGAUGGCGAGGAAGAUGAAGGACACUGACUCGGAGGAGGAGCUCAAGGAGGCGUUCCGCGUGUUUGACAAGGACCAGAACGGCUUCAUCUCGGCGGCGGAGCUGCGCCACGUGAUGACCAACCUCGGGGAGAAGCUGACGGACGAGGAGGUGGACGAGAUGAUCCGGGAGGCGGACGUGGACGGCGACGGCCAGAUCAACUACGAGGAGUUCGUCAAGGUCAUGAUGGCCAAGUGA